UGACAUGUGGGAGGGGAAAUUGGCUAACUUCUGUUUCGGAAGAUGUCAGUCUUUAGAGGAGCAAUGAUAACUGCGUCAAAGUCUAAAAUACUGACCCUUGCGAGGGCAUCCAUCCUUUUGAACGACGUCGGUGUGAGUGAACAAUUCCACCGGCUUCCUCAAAACCUCCAGCCCUUUAGCAGAGGGGUGCUUCGGGGCUACAGCAGUGCCUCUGUGCAGGAGAAGCCCGGGACACCGGGCACGUCGGAGGAAAAAGUGAACCUCACUGACUCAUGUGUGAAGAGACUGUCAGAAAUCAUGAAGAAGGGCGAGUACCUGAGAAUCCAUGUGGAGGGAGGAGGCUGCUCUGGGUUCCAAUACAAGUUUUCUGUUGAUAGUGGCGUAAAUGAAGAUGACAGGGUGUUUGAGCAGGGAGGUGUCGGCAUUAUCGUGGACCAGGACAGUCUGGAGUUUGUGAAGGGAGCCACCGUGGACUUCAGUCAGGAGCUGAUCCGCUCCACCUUCCAGGUGCUCAAGAACCCUCGGGCUGAACAAGGCUGCUCCUGUGGCAGCUCCUUCUCUGUCAAGCUAUAAUCCUCAAAUCCUUGUGGGUCAGUUUGCAGAUCCAGCUGUUAAUUAGGUGCAUGAGAACAAAGAAUGAUGAUAUAUGUUGGGGAAACUAAGGGUGAUGCUUUCCUGCCCGUUAUCACAGAGUACACACUGCAGGUAUACCUAAUGGACCAGUGGCUGAAAACAGUGAAUAGCUUUCGACCAUGUUGAAUUUCUAAUAAAAUUCCAACUGGUGACAGUGAAACUGGUUAAGAACCAUUUGCUAGCUUUUCUCUUUUUGUGCAGGAAUGAGUUGAACCGAUAGAAGGUGUUCUUUGUGAUAUAAGCCAACAAAACAAAGCUGUCCCAUUUUUAGAUUUGUCUUUAUGUGUAAAAUAUGUAAAUAAGCCAAUACUAUAAAAUUCUAAGUUAUAUUGUGUAAUUUGAAAUAAAUGGAGCGAAUUUAAAAUAAA